CCGCCCGGCCGCUUUUGAGCGGUGCACCGUUUGGACUUGGGGCGGGAGUCUCAGCUUCGCUGCCGAGGAAAGGCUUGGAAGUGGUCCUGAUGCCGCGUGCUAAAAGAGCUUUGAAGCUGGAAAAUCUUAUUCCAGAAAAAGUGCCAGCAACAUCAUCAGUAAAAGGAAAGGAAAAUGGCCUUCUUUUUUCACCAAUAACAGGAACAUGUCUAAUGAGUUCAUUUUCAAGUUCCAGGAGUAAUCAUGCCAAAGAACAGAGAAAUGACCUAUCAAAUGAAAUUGGAGAGUCUUCCAAAGUCUUGCCAAUCCAAUCCAAUAGAAAGGAGCAACAUCAAAUGAAGAACAAUGACAAACUCUUGGUAUUGCAGUCUGAAGUUGAACAUUCCCUGGAAAGAUUCCUGAAAAUCCGAAAAAAACUAACCAAUCUGAAGGCUUUAGAGGGCACCGGAGAGCUGGAAAAUAUUCUGGGCACUUCAAACAAGCCUGGUAACUUAAAAAUUGAAGUGAGAAAAUCCAGGAAACUGAUUGAGCAAGUCAGAAAGAGAAACCUGCAAAAACCGGGUGCUGUUAGACUUUCUACUCAAGAGACUCUCCAACCUGCCAAUAGCUUUGCAUUCCUGAAAUCUCUCAUUGGCUAAGGUGAAGAGACAUUAAGGUUUUAAGAAUAUACCAAGCUUGGCUGCAAGAUUCUCCAACUGCCUGAUCCUACUUAAAAGGUUAAAAAAAAACCUUCCUGUAAAUCUAUCUCUCCAGCAAAUACCAGCUAAGGAUUGCUCAGUGUACCAGGCAGGUGCACAUCUAGAUACAGUUUCUUGCAUCUAAUUUAAACUUUACAAUCUGUACAACCAGUUAAUCUCAAUGUAAAUAAUACACUUGCCAUAGCUUUUUAUGCAAAUAUGUAAUGGCAUAAAUUGUACUCCUUCUAUAGUUAAAAAAAACCCUAAGAAAACUUGCUCAAUGCUGGUAAAAAUUCUUUAAUGAGCUUUUCAUUACAUUUUGAAAGAAGGCCUACUUUUAGAGAUGGAUGCUAUUUCCCAGGCCUUCAAACAAACUGAAAAUUUCACAGUAAUUAUAUGCUCCAUGCUGCCUCUGAUGGCCUGCCAAUUCUUCCACAAACAAUGAAGAUGCCUUGCCAAUUUACAGCACAUUGUUUAUCUUAUCAGCACACACAAAUUCAAACAAAUAUGCCAUUUAUCUUUGUAUAUAACCCUUCAUUUGUUAAUAAAGAUUUAUGAGAUCUAA